UCAUUCCAAACACAGCCACUGUUUUGCGUCUCUGAGCAACAUGAUAGUGUUUCGUUCCUGAAUGAAUCAACCGUUUAAAUGAGUCGGUUCAAUCGCAAUGACUCACUUACUAACAGUGACUCGCUGCCACCUACUGGCGGUUUUAAUUUCACAGUUAAGGUAUCUUUUAAUUUUUAAAAUACAUUUAAACAUCCGUUUUCAAUAUUUUAUCUUUAAAAUAUCAAAACAGUAUUUAUUCAUUUAUAAUUGCAUGGUUAAGGUAUUCCAUAUCCCACAGAGCUGCAUUAAACAGUGUGUAAAUGCAUCUAAAUGACACUUUAGAUGCAGCUUCUGUUUUCUCUGCAUUGCAAUGAUCAGUUUUGUUGAUACUGAUUACAUUUGCUUGGUAACAACCCAAAUACAAGUAUUUGACCUAAAAGAUGGUGCACAAUUUUAGAAGAAAAUGGCGUAAAGAUAAACAUAAAAAAAAUAGGAGUCAGCUGUCAGUACAAUUAGAAAUAAGAUAUGAGCAUAAUAACACACUCAGCUAAAUAUUGUCUAAUUACUGUUAUCCACAAAAUCCCAGAAAUCCCAGAUACUUCUUUUUUUCCCAAUAUUGCAAACCCUUAUUUUUUUCUCUUUAUUUUUAUAUGCCACCCCAAGAUUUACUGUGGCCUCAUCUGGCCACCCCUAUAAAAAAUUUCUGGGGGUGCCACUGGUUGUAAUACUACAGAAUACAUGGGCAUCAGUUUUGGACAUGCUGAUCUGUUGACAACAAACACCCGCUUACCCCCACUGAAAGGCUUGGAAGAGCAAGGACAAAUUUUAAUAUAACUCCAGUUGGAUUCGUCUGAAAGAAGAAAGACACAUACAGGAUACUUCAAGGGUGAGUAAAACAUAGACACAUUUUCAUUUUUGAGUGAAGUAACCCUUUAAGCUCAUGAAUCAUUUAUGUAACCUGACACCAAAAGUGUUUCUGUGUCAUCUAUUAUGUGUUUAACACUGUACAUUGCUACUUUUAGCUCAUCUUGGCUCAUCCUGAAUGUUGACUGAUAUACAAUGUGGGCAUGAGCAGGGCUGUGACACAUCAAUAUUAGGUUGUCAUGGGAAAAUAACUGGCAAGGUCAAGGUGAUAAUUAAAAUAAAAGUUAUUUAUAACACUUAUUUAAAAAAUAAAUAAAUAAAAAACAGUAUGUGACUAUUAACCAGUAUCAGAAAACACUGCAUAGCAAAUGUGUUGUUACAAUGACAUAUAUACUUCAAACAUUAGGAACUGCUUCAAGUAAAUUUUUGUUUAUUCUGGUUAUUUUACACCAACUACGCCUACAUUUCCUAUGGGGCGUGGCGGCACGUGUCUCGAGCUGCCGGUAUGAUGACAAAUGAAAUAAGGAAGUCAAUCCUGUCAACCGUCAACAUGAGAAGUAGUAUAGCUUUCCUCGUUGUGGCCGUGCUGUUAUGCAUCAUGCUGUCAGCAGAAGCAUCGGAUGUCCUGCGAUGCACAGGGGAGAGACUGAGCGAUGGCCAGUUCUACUUCAAGAUGACAUUUGAUCUUAAAGAGGGUGUUGAUGACUGCGAGACCCAAUGGGUCAUCAAUGGAAUUGUGGCAGGAUUUUCUGAAGCUGAUGGACAUACGGAGUGCAAGCUCCCUCUUCUAAAUGCAACAGCAAACACAGCUGUCUUACAGACCUGCGAUGAAAAACUGGAAUGUUUGCUCAUCUGCCCCUCCGCCAGUAUCAACAAAAGGGAACCGUGCUCUUGUGCUACCACUUCUUCAACUACACUUCCUGAAGUGGGUUUGCCUGACUGGAGAGCUGGUGUUUGGAUUGGAGUGAGUGUGGCUGGGAUAAUGUUGCUGUCUCUGAUCGUCACCAUGCUUUAUAAGAGAAAAAAAAAAAGGUCAGAAUUUGCUCUUAGUGGCCCAUGUCCUGAUUCUGAUUCUGAAGCAGCUGCAUCAUUGCACCUGGGCGUUCUUCAGUCUUCACACAUUCAUUAGGAUAUGCCUUCUUUUUCUUUUCUUAACCAUGUCUUAAGCGCUGGAGGGGGUGGGCAAAAUUUUUUAAUGAAGGAAUUAAAUAAAUGGGUAAAGGUAUUUAAGUGAAUAAAUGUACAUAUAUAUAUAAGCGGCUACAUAAAUCACGAUAAGAAACUAUAGCCUAUAUUUUCAGUUCUGAAGGUGGACUCGACUGAGACUGGUGGUUAAAGCCUCAUUAUAAAGCAUUAGCUCUAUGUUUGUGCUGAACAUAUUUAGCAUGUCAGGAUUUUAUAGCUUUCAUGAUUUUGUGUUUGUCUAUUUAAUGAAAUUAUGAUCAUGACUCUUAACUCACCUAAAUUAAGCUUCAGUAUAAAAUAAUAAUAUUAUUAAGUUAUCUACUACAGAAUUUUAUAUUUAAAUAUAAAUUAUGAAAUAUAUUUUACACUUUGUGUCCUCUUUUGGGGCACAAAUAAAAACUAUUGAAAUAAUUUUAUCAUAAAUACUUGUGUGUCUGUUAUGCAAAUGGACACAUUCAGUAUAUACAAGUCAUAAGUAUAUGCAAUUAUAUCCAUAAAUAAAAAUACAUUUUUAAUUAUAUUGUAAUAUACAACAUACAACUUAGUAAUAUGAAUUUAUAGUAUAUACAUUUAAUUAUAUUAUUUGUAUUAUUAAUAUAUCUAUCACUGGUCCAGUCAGUCUGGGGGAAAGAACUUGGUGGAUUGCAUGACGUUAUAGUGAGCAUAAAAUGUGUGUGAACAUAAAAAUAACUGUAUGUCCAGGGCAUGUAUUUUUCGUAAACUACUGCUGUGGAAGCAAAAUUAUAUGAAAUGCUGUGCCAGUGAGUACACACAACAAAUAUUAUUACUAAUGAAAUCAACUCAGCACCUGCCACUGCUUCAGAUCCAGUGUUAAAGAUAUAUAUAUAAAAAAUUAUGUAGUUGAUCCACAAUAACUACAUGAUAUGCAUGUAUUAAUUUACAUUACCAGGGUGUGAGGGGCAAAGUUUGAAUAAAAAUGGUAUGUUAUCUUUGGAUAAAGUUCUUUCCCCAUUGUACUGUAGCCACUGAUUUAUAUUCAUACAGAGUCCACUAUUUCUUUGUGGGAAAAGAAAAUGUCACUGCUAGAUUUGAAACAGCGGUAACACUUUAUUUUAGUGGCCAGUUCUCACUAUUACCUAGUUGCUUAUUAGCAUGUCUAUUAUUAACAUAUAGGUUGUUUAUUAGUACUUAUACAGCACUACCUUAACUAUUAAUAAGCAGCAAAUUGGCAGUUUAUUAAGGCAAAUUCAUAGUUAAUGGUUUGUUAAUAGUGAGAAUUGGACCAUAAAAUAAAGUGUGACCACAGCAAAUGUCUGUUUAAAGCAUUACACAUGUCAUGAAUGUUGUUUAAUAAUAUUUGCUUAGCUAUUGUAUUGCAUUGAACCACUAUAUCUUCUUUGUGAUUACUUCUUUCUCUUAAGCACUUAAACCCCUUCUGUCCAGGUGCAAAAUAUUUUGGGGUUAUUUCUAUUAAUAAAAUGCUGCACCACAAUUUUGAUUGUGUACCUGAUUUAUUUUUCAACAAAUAUUUUUCAAAAAGCAACAGCUGAGGAGAACUCUUUAUAUAAGUAU